AUGUUCAAAGAUGUGGAGGUCAAGGUGCCGCUGUUGACGGCGUUAAAGAUGCCCCCGAUCAGUAAAUUCACCAAAGACUACCUGGCGGGAAAAGUGAACGAAGAAGGGAGACUAAUUACAGAGGAGAACGUCUCUGUCGCGAUCCAAAGGAGUGACCUCCCCUCAAAGAAGACUGAUCCGGGAAUGUUCACGCUCCCGAUUUCUAUAGGAGAUAUUCAAGUAGAGCACGCGAUGUGCGAUCUCGGAGCUUCUAUCAAUGUCCUGCCGUACUCUAUCUAUAAGAAGCUGGGAGAAGCCAAGCUAGUUGACACUGACAUCAUGAUCCAACUGGCUGACAGAUCGUGUAUUCAUCCAGAGGGAAUUCUGGAAGACGUGAUCGUAAAGGUGAAUAACUUCCUAUACCCAGCCGAUUUUUUCGUAAUCAAGAUGACCGAGCCAGCAGCAAGGGAGUCGAGUGGAGUCCUACUAGGAAGGCCGUUCCUGUCUACGGCGAACACUAUAAUAGACAUCCGUAAUGGGAUGUUAAGCUUGGACUUCAAUGGAGAGUAG